AUGCUAGUAAAUCCAGAUCGGAGACACAAUGCCAAUCAGACGAUAACGCGUUUCAACAAAGCAUCAAAUUUCGGACAAUUGCUUGAUUCACUUCGUCGUGCUGCCAGCCAUUUAGGAAUAUGGAAUGAUGAGAUGCAGCGCGAUCUGCCAAAACGAUGGGAAAAACACGGGAAUAUGAUUAUCUUACCGCAUAACUGUUUCAAGCAUCCAAAUUGGAGACUAAUGGGCCCAAAAUUAUGGGAGAUGGUAACAAAAUUACUUAAUACGAGUCGUUUGGGAAAGAAGCGUAUUAUUGGCGAUGAGUUUCAUGAGUCUCAUGUCGAUCUCUUGUACGGAAAGGAUGGAUGGGUGGAACAUAUUGAUGGUGACAUCAGAUUCCUUUAUGAUGUCACGAAAUGUUUCUUUUAUGUCAAUAAUGUCUCAGAGAAGCAACGUAUCUCAGAGUUCGACUGCCAUCAGGAAGUUGUCACCGACAUGUUUGCCGGAAUUGGAUAUUAUACAUUGCCUUAUUUGGUAAGUGCACAUGCAAAACAUGUCUAUGCUAUCGAAUGGAAUGAUGAUGCAGUUGAAGCAUUAAAACGUAGUUUGCAAAGUAACAAUGUUCAGGAUCGCUGCACAAUCAUUCAAGGUGACUCCAGAAAGGUAACACCGCAAGGUAUAGCAGAUCGUGUAAAUAUUGGAUUGCUACCAUCAUCGCUACCAUACUGGCUAGCUGCUUGUAAAUGUCUGAAAUCAACAGGCGGAAUACUUCACAUACAUGAAGCGAUCAAGACAUCAGAACAGGGAAUUGGCUGUUUGAAGCUCACUGAUAAACCAGUUGCAUAUCCCAAACUUAUGAGCAAGGAAAAUGUGAAGUCCAUCAACGAAGAGACUGCAUUAAAUGACAUUACCGAUACUAAAAAUAUUGAUACCGAAAAAAGAAUUACACUGGAAAAAAAUGAUAACAAUAAAAGCAUCUUCUUUAGCAAAUCAAUUGACAAUAGUGCUAUGCAGUGUGAAGAAAUCAGUACUACAACACGCGACAGUACAAUGAAAAGAAGGAAAUUAAGUCGUUCAGCAACUAUCAUCAAAGAAAUGGAAAGUCGUAUCUUGCCACAUGGACGAAUUGAUGAUCGCUUGAGAAAAAAUAAGUGGUCGAUGAUCAAUCCGAUCUUGCAAAACUUUGCCAUGACCUGCGCUACAAACUGUACUCGGUAUCUGAAUAAUAUCCAUGAUGAGAAGGAUAAAAUUUGGACCUGUACAAUAUUAGAAGUGAACAUAGUGAAAAAUUAUCAAAUACAAACAGAUCAUGUUGUUGUGGAUUUGUUAUGCCGACCGGAGGAUGAGAAAGAAGUAAAACGCACCGAACUUCAGUAUCAAGCUGACUAUGGUUAA